ACUCGGCAUAUUGCUUCUUGGAGCUUUACGUGUGUGUUGUGCCAACAAAUCGCUCGGACGUAUUUUUGUCAAAUUAGUUGAGGAACCUAAUUCAUAAAUACUACGAACAUAAAAGUAACAAAACAAAAACAACAACGUAUUAUGGAAAAAAGUGAAAAGUGUAUAAAACAAUGCCAGAAUCGGACUAAAGUGUCAAAGUGCCAGCCAGCAAAAAUCGUUUGCAACAAUUCGACAAUUUUGCGGAUGCCGCCGCGUGUGAAAGAUGGAAAAUCAAUUGCACAGUCAAAAUUAUUAUGGGGAGAUUUAUUGGAGAGUCGCCCAACAACCAAAUCAACAACGAAAAGAAAUAGCAUAAAUCUUGCUUUCAUAAUUGCGUUAUUUGCGUUUGCACAUUGUAUUCAUUUGGGCUUCGGCGCUUAUGCAAAUGAUGUUAAUGCUGCUGCUGGUGCGCCACCAUUAAAUCAAAGCCAACAACAAUAUCUGCGGUCAGACGACAAUAAUAAUAAUAAUCAUAAUAAUACUUUAAAUAGUAAUAAUGCCAACUCCGAUGUCGAUAUAUUGAAGGGAUCGAAAGUUGCCGAAACGAACGCAAGACUUGCACUUUCGAGUGAUGCAGUUCGGAUUCUUGGAAUGCGUUUGGAGGAUGGCACCUCCGAGAUGAACGAUGGCAUUCCCAGUAUAUUAGCCGAAAAAGAGCAAACCAUCCGAAUGUUCGGAGUUGGUCUGAAGCAGAACACCGUGAUUGCUUUCACCAACGAGGAGAGUGGCUAUCAGGGUCCAUGCCUGAAGCCAGUUACGGAAACGUUUAAGCCAUCGGAGGUGUCUCCCGAUGGCCUCACGGCGACCUACACGAUAAACGUGCCGCCCUCCAAGAAAGGACUUUACGUGUGUGCGAAGAUUGAUGAAGGAGUCAGCCAAGGACUGGCCUCAAAGACGAUCCCAUUUGAGCAUCAGGGCAAUUCGCCCUGGAUGAAAUUGGAGACGCAUGAGCCACUGUUGCCAGUCUGGUUGGCCAUUGUGGUCAUCUUCACCUGUCUGGCCUUCUCGUCCCUCUUCUCUGGUCUCAAUCUGGGUCUCAUGGCCAUGGAUCGUACCGAAUUAAAGAUAUUGCGCAAUACUGGCACGGAAAAAGAAAGAAAGUAUGCCGCCAAAAUUGCACCGGUCAGAGAUCAAGGUAAUUAUCUGUUGUGCAGUAUUCUCUUGGGUAAUGUGUUGGUUAACUCCACCUUUACCAUUCUGCUGGAUGGUCUGACCUCUGGACUCUUUGCCGUUAUAUUCUCUACGCUGGCCAUCGUGCUCUUUGGUGAAAUCACACCUCAGGCUGUGUGCUCACGUCAUGGCUUGGCAAUUGGCGCCAAGACCAUCAUGAUUACCAAAACGGUGAUGGCCAUAACUGCGCCAUUAUCGUAUCCCAUCUCACGUGUCCUGGACUGGUGUCUGGGUGAAGAGAUUGGCAAUGUGUUCAACCGCGAGCGCCUAAAGGAGCUUGUGCGCGUGACCAACGAUGUCAACGAUUUGGAUAAGAAUGAAGUGAAUAUUAUCUCUGGUGCCUUGGAGCUGCGCAAGAAGACUGUGGCGGACAUUAUGACCCACAUCAACGAUGCCUACAUGCUCUCCCUCGAUGCUGUGCUUGACUUUGAAACCGUCUCCGAUAUUAUGAACUCUGGCUAUUCGCGUAUUCCCGUCUACGAUGGCGAUCGCAAGAACAUUGUCACGCUGCUUUACAUUAAGGAUUUGGCGUUCGUUGACACCGAUGAUAAUACGCCACUGAGAACUCUGUGCGAAUUUUAUCAGAAUCCCGUACAUUUUGUAUUUGAGGACUACACGUUGGACAUUAUGUUCAAUCAGUUCAAGGAGGGCACAAUUGGACAUAUCGCGUUUGUGCAUCGUGUCAACAAUGAAGGUGACGGUGAUCCGUUCUAUGAAACCGUUGGUCUUGUCACCCUGGAGGAUGUCAUCGAGGAACUCAUUCAAGCCGAAAUUGUGGAUGAGACUGAUGUGUUUGUCGAUAAUCGCACCAAGACGCGUCGCAAUCGUUACAAAAAGGCCGACUUUUCAGCAUUUGCUGAGCGUCGCGAGGCGCAAACUGUGCGCAUUUCUCCUCAAUUGACGCUGGCCACAUUCCAGUACUUGAGCACUGCUGUUGAUGCGUUCAAGAAGGACAUCAUUUCGGAGCCGAUCUUGCGGCGAUUACUUAACCAAGACGUGUUCCACAACAUCAAAGUCAAGGGCAAGAGCAAGGAUGAUCCCAGUCUGUUUAUUUUCACGCAAGGCAAAGCUGUUGACUUUUUCGUACUUAUCCUCGAGGGUCGCGUCGAGGUGACUAUUGGCAAGGAGGGUCUGCUCUUCGACAGCGGUCCAUUUACUUAUUUCGGCUCGCAAGCCUUAGUGCAGAACGUUGUCAUUGAUUCUCCCAGCCAAAUGGGAUCAAUGCAGUCGCUGAAUAUGGAUUCGAAGAUACGUCAAACUUUCGUGCCCGAUUACUCCGUGCGCGCCUCGACCGAUGUGAUAUAUAUUGCAAUUAAACGUAGUUUAUAUUUGACUGCCAAGAAGGCCACGUUGUUGGAGAAGAGUCGCAAGUCGGGCACUUUCUCCAGCGAAACAUUCGACGAUGAGGUGGAGCGUCUCUUGCACUCCAUUACCGAAGAUGAUAAGCCGCGUUUGCUUGCGGCCAGCCAGAGUACAAGACGUCUGUCGAAACCGACUCGCAGCAACGCUUCGUCGCCGACUAACAACGAUAUAUCUCACGAUGAUAGAAGCAACAGUGCCAGUGGUCAUCAUCAUGGUCAACGUGGUCAUGGUCCCGAGCAUACGGAAGAUGCCUCGUUGAGCAGUCUGGUCACAUCGGAUGUGGCGGGUGGUGAUCUGCAGAAUGGAGAUAACGAUGACAGGGAUGGAACGGCGGCCUCGACACCGCUAUUGCCAAAGACGGACGACGGAACAAACGAAUCAUCCGCAAACAACAAGCACACCAAGCCUCAAUAACCACCACAACAACAACAAUAACAUGAAAAACAACGACAACGACGAAAGUCUUUAGAUUCGGAUACAAAUACGAAAUCUUAUUCAGAUUCGGAGCGCAUCCAACACCACCCCCAAAAUUAACGCUAAGACCUAGUUGCUGCAAAAUAAUACAACAUACAUAUAGAUUGAUUUACACUAACAAUUGAGAAACACCUAUUGCUUGCUUCAUUUUCCUUAAAUAUUGUUAUUUAUGUUGAUAUUAUUAUGAUGUUCCAAUCACUUGCUACAUUUGACUAGAAAGAUAAUACAAACUAAACAAUUAUGAUCAAAGUAGGCAAAAAAGAUGAUUUCGUAUUCUGAAAUUAAUCAUGCAUUAACAUAAAUAUUACCUCAUAAAAUACGUACUUAAGAAGAGAAAUUAAAAACACAACACUGCUAGCAAUCCCCUCCUCCCAUAUUUCUACUUCCAAAUGAUGAUAAUGAUAAAGAUGAAUAAUUGUAAAUUUAAAUGCAUAGAAGCGCGCUGCAUUAGUUAGAUUUUUGUUGUUAAAUUUGUUUAUUGCUCAGUAUACACAUACAUGUUUUUAUAGUUUAGCUUAAAGUCGAGUCUAAAACAAAAUGUUAUUAUUAUAGUGAACAAAUAAUAAUAUAUACUUUACCAAUUUUGC